UGACAUCCUCUGCACCGUUUGCACGCUCGGGCUGCGACCGAAAACAUAAAACCGGGGACGUUUUCUUCAGCGCGCCAGGAGAGUUGCAGAUCCGCAGGUAAUUGCAGUGCUGCUCCGACGUGUGGUCGACAUGCUGGGGAUCUGCGUGUGUCUUUGUGCGUUUUUCACACACGUCCUCUCUCAGGAGACUGAGGAGCCGGUCUUCUACACAUGCACAGAAGGGUAUGAGUAUGACAGAGUCAGAGAGCAUUGCAAAGACAUCGACGAGUGUGCCUUGUUAGACGAUGCAUGCAAAGGAGGGAUGCAGUGUAUCAACCACUAUGGUGGAUACCUCUGCCUCCCCAAGAGCGCCGUCAUUUAUAUCAGUAAGGAGGGCGAGCAGGUGCCGCUGCCGGAACCUAUCCCUGCUGUCCCUGCUGUCCCUCCUGUCCCUGCUCUCCCUGCUUCUUCACAAAGCCAGGCUACGCUUACAUGGUCUAAAGGCAACCAGGGGGGCUCUCAAUCCAGCCGGAGCAUCCUCUGUUCAGCCGGAUACACUGCAGAUGAGCAGAACCUCUGCAAAGACAUAGAUGAAUGUGCGACAGGUAGACACACUUGUGGUUCUGAACAGAUGUGCUACAACACCAGAGGCUCCUACACUUGCCAGUGUCCUCCAGGCUUCCAGAAGAACGGAGACCACUGUUCAGACAGAGACGAGUGCGCCCUGACCCACUACUGCAUGCACAGAUGUGCGAACACACAGGGCUCUUACUACUGUGAGUGCAACGCAGGUCACAAGUUGGCCAGCAACAACCACAGCUGUGUUGAUGUGAAUGAAUGUGAUGUGGAGAAUCCCUGUCAGCACCACUGCUACAACCUGAUUGGCUCCUUCCUCUGCCAGUGUGAACAGGGCUAUGAGCUGGCACAGGACACGGUCACCUGCCAAGACGUUGAUGAAUGCAGCUUCUCCAGCUACAUGUGUCAGUACCAGUGUAUCAACAGCCCAGGAAGUUACUCUUGUGAGUGUCCAGAAGGAUAUCAGCUCCAGGGAAACAGGAUGUGUCAAGACAUAAAUGAGUGUGAGACGGGGACCCAUAACUGCAACGACGAUGAAAUGUGCUGGAACUAUUACGGAGGCUUCCGCUGCUAUCCUAGAAACCCCUGUGAGGCGCCUUACACCAAAACCUCUGAAAAUCGCUGUAUCUGCCGGUCUCCGGCAGAGUGCCAGGGUCUGCCACCGUCAAUUGUCUACAAAUACAUGAGCAUCCAGGCGGACCGGACUGUGCCAGCGGACAUCUUCCAGAUUCAGGCCACCAACAUGUACGCCAACACUCACAACACCUUCAGGAUCAAAGCUGGGAAUGAGGCAGGAGAAUUCUUUCUGCGGCGCUCCAGCAACGUGAGUGCAAUGCUGGUGCUAACCAAGCCUCUGUCGGGCCCCAGGGAGUACGUUGUGGACCUGGAGAUGGUCACUCACCAUCUGACCAUGAACUACCGCUCCAACUCACUGCUCCGGCUCACCAUCAUAGUCGGGCCCUACGCUUUCUGAACGCCGCAAUCCCCAGCAGCCCGCAUAAGUCUGGUUCAGCAAACAUAGCAGUUUAACACAGCAGAUGCCUGUAUCAGCAUUACAUACUGUACAUUUUCAUACAAUAAAACAUAUAACAUAGGCUGUCCCGAACUCAUACAGCAGCACAGCAGUUCCAAUAGGCAUGCUCUCGACAGCCCAGCCCAUGCUGUAAUGUGACCACUGGGCAUCUUUUCCUCUCAAGGUGCUGGGAAGCAUUGUAAUGAAGGGUUUUAGUGUCCUGAGGAAUCACACACUGUUUUUCAACAACAGCACUUAACAAUAAAAUACUUCUCAUCUUUAAAGUUCACAACAUUUUUGACCUUAAGUGCCUGAAGUGGACAUAAGAAAGAUAAGAAAUAUGCUGGAUGUAAGCAUUUUCACUUUUGCUGCUUCCAUACAAAAAAACCCAAAUGGAAACAGAGCAGCGGCACUCAGGAAAAGAGGCCUAGUGGACACACAUCCAAACAGUGAUGGAUUUCUGAUGCAGCUUUACCUACAUUUAUCACUUUGUUUCAGACCAGAACUCCUUCCAAUAACCUGUGUAUGCAUCAGUGAGGCACUCUGUUGUAAGAAAGAGAAAACGAUUCUUAUUUUCUAUAUUAUGUACAUGACAAAUAUCCAAUAUGAGCAGCUUUUGAUACAAAAAUAAUUGACUGAGCUUUUGUUGAUAAACUUUGUAGGGGUUAGUGCUGCUCCGCCACGCUGUUUGUGCAAGUUUCUGUAUAGUUUUGCUCAUGAGUAAUAAUUUCCAGAGAAGUCCAGAACAGUUCAGAAGUGUAAAGGGAGAGUCAGUUGAGAGAGUACUAAACUUUGCAUGACAACAGGCUUCAUUCUUGUACAUACGGAGGUCACAGAUCUGUGUGUGUGGAUGUUUGUGCGUAAGUAUGUGCGUGUGCAUGUGCCUGACUUUGUUUAUGCAUGCAAGCAAGUCAAAGUGUGAAACACAGAUGGGGAGUAAGGGAAAGAGUGAGAAAGAGCUUGUUCUGUGCCCCCAGGUUUGGUGAAUGUGGUUGAGCUGUUUAUGCGUUUCUGUGAUGCCGUCCUUUCAGACCUCGGUCACAGAGGCAAUAACAGAGAUUUUUUUUAUUUUGUUUUUAAACCCGAGAACACGCACAGGAAAUGACGGCUUUCAUAACACACCUCGGCCAAUCGACUGCUCACUGGUGCCACAGCUAUUCUCAAGAGGAACAGCUGGGCUUUCUCAUGUCGGUCCCAGUCAAGAAGUCACACUGGCACCAGGCUGGCUUGCGUGAUAAACAUAAUUACAGUGCUUUGCCCUGUAGCUGGUUUCAUGUGUGUCACAGGGGAUUAUUAAAGUGUUAAUACAAUGCCACCACACUUUUGGCAGAAUGAGAAAUCUUUCACUACCUGCUUUACCUUUUCGUGACUCCGCGUGUCUGCUUUGGCUUACUGCUGAAACACUGUACACUGUAGACACACAGCACUAAAACCACAAGGAAAACCAUCAUGUUGUCGCCACUUCAAGUGUAGACAGUUGCCCUUCUUUUAUGUGGUUUCAGCAGCGAUCAUGCAUAGUGCCUUAGAGGUAAACACAAAAAAUGUAACACUAAUAGUAUCAAUCAUGCUGUCAAGACUUCAUUCACUGAAAUGCCUUAAUGUUUUUCUCUUCUAUUUAAAAUAUAUAUUUUUGUCAUAUGUAUCUUAUAUUGAUUGUACUCUGAAGAGCAAAAGUUAUAUUGUUGAA